UUGAGCUUUUGAUCCAUCGCAACCAACAUUUUACAUACAAUCUUUAUUGUUAUUUUUCUGGUCUCUAUUUUACUUAGUCGGAUAAAAAUGUCUAAGCGAAAUACCGUCGGCGCUAAUAAUACUCUUUUUAAUUAUUUUACCAAAACUCCGCCAAGUACGAAGAAAGUGAAACUUAGUGUAACUAAUGAAAUAAAAAAUACUACUGAAACUGUAGAGACUAUAGAAAACAAAAAGAGAGAAAGGCAAACCACACCCUCUCCAAGAGAAGACAAAAAUAAUCACACAGACGAUGAAUCUCCAAUUGCACCAAAGAAAAGAAAGAGAAUCCGUCUUAAUCCUUGUGAUACAGAUGAUUCUGAUACUGAAAACAAAGUAAUCUCCAUUAGAAACACCAGUCAUUUGUUUAAAUUUCCAGAAGAUAAUAAAAUAAAAACAAAGGAGAAUACUUCAUUAGGAAAUAAAUUGCAAGAAAGUUUUCAAUAUGACCCUUCUGUUACACCAAAAAGUAAAAUUAAGAAGACUCCAGUUGUAAUUCAAGUUAAAACUGAGUCUCAAGAAUCACCAGUUAUUGCUGAGGAAGGUGAUUGGGUUCAUUGCAAACUAGACUGGCUCAAGCCGGAUAAAAUCAAAGAUGCCAAGGGACAUAGGCCAGACCAUCCAGAAUAUGAACCAACCACACUUUAUGUACCUAAGGAAUUUAUGAAGAGUCAGACUCCGGCUCAUAGACAGUGGUGGGAGUUAAAAUCAGCGCACUACGAUUGUGUACUUUUCUUUAAAGUGGGAAAGUUCUAUGAGUUGUAUCAUAUGGAUGCUGCUGUGGGUGUCAAUGAACUGGGCUUCUCUUACAUGAAGGGUGAAUUUGCCCAUUCGGGGUUUCCGGAAAGUGCCUACGCGCGAAUGUCUUCAACUUUAGUGUCUAAGGGAUAUAAAGUAGCACGAGUUGAACAAACAGAGACCCCUGAUAUGAUGCAGGAUAGAUGUAAACUAGAACAAAAAACAAGUAAGCACGACAAAGUGGUCCGUCGUGAGAUUUGCCAAGUGUCUGUGCGAGGGGCACAAGUUUGCGGCCUUCAAGACAAUGGUCCUUCGGAGUCGAACUCGCCAUUUAUGAUGGCUGUCGCUGAAGAGGAAAACAAUGGAAUAAGUACGUACGGGGUGUGUUUUGUUGAUACGUCUAUAGGUCAAUUCCACAUCGGUCAGUUUAAAGACGAUAAACACUCUUCGCGGCUGCUCACAACUCUUGCGCAUUUCCCGCCUGCUUUGAUUAUCUCCGAUCGCAAGUCAUGCACAGUACGAACAAGCAAACUCCUGUCCACACAUUGUCAUAGUGCGAGAAGGGAAACGUUAAAUAUGGCGCCACCAGAGAAAACGCUGAAAUUGUUGGCCGAAAAAUAUUAUAGGACAAAUGAUAAUGGACAGUGGCCGGAGGGGAUAUUGCAAUUUUUACAUGAAGGUGAUGUUUUGGGUCUAACGCCGUCUACGAACAGUAGUUUAGCAAUUAAAGCUCUGGGAGGCUGUGUAGCAUUUCUCACGGAAUGUUUGCUUGAUAUACAAAUUUUAGGUAUGUCUCAGUUCUCUGAAUAUACACCCCCUGACGUGCUAAACAUGACUUUGCAAAAUGAGAAGACCCAAUGGACUGGUGGUAGUACUAUGGUCUUGGAUUCUAUUACGUUGAGAAAUCUACGUAUAGUACAGGAUGAGGGGUGUCUCUAUGAUAAAUUGAAUUUAUGCUCUACCCCUAUGGGAAAAAGAUUACUAUAUCAAUGGGUAUGUUCCCCGAGCUGUGAUUUGACAGUGAUCAAGGAACGUCAAAAAGCCAUCAAAACUUUAUUUGAAAAUCAGGACAUCUGUCAAGAGGCCAAGAGCUUGCUGACAACGUUGCCAGAUCUGGAACGGCUUUUGGCUAAAGUCCACGCCCUCGGGAACUUGAAGAAAUCAAAAGAUCAUCCCGAUUCGAGAGCUAUUUUAUAUGAAGAGAAGACUUAUUCGAAAAAAAAAGUACUGGAUUUUAUUUCGGUACUCAAUGGGUAUACUGCUGCAUUGAAGCUGACAGAAUUAUUCUGCGAUACUGACUCUGCCUUAUUGAAGAGGAUCACACAGCUAUCACCGGACGGGAAAUAUCCUGAUUAUAGAGAGACUUUGAAGUUCUUUAAGGAAGGCUUCAAUCAAACUCAAGCGGAGAAGGAAGGAAAAAUUUUGCCGGAGGCAGGUGUGGACCAAGAGUAUGACAACACCUUGGAGCUGAUAGAAGAAAUUGAGCAGGAGCUGAAGGAAUACUUGGUGGAGCAGGAGAAAUACUUCAAAUGCAGGAUAAAAUAUGUGGGUAGUGAUAAAAAGAGAUACCAAAUGGAAAUACCGCAAAAUGCCGCAUCCAAAGCAGGAGGAGAUUAUCAUAUGGAAGGAGCUAGAAAGGGAUUUAAGAGAUAUUCUACUGCCGAGACAAAGGACUUCCUCGCACGCAUGAUGGCGGCCGAAGAGCAAAAACGCGUAGUACUAAAGGAUCUCAGUCGUAGAAUAUUUGAGAAAUUCUCCAGUCAUUAUUCGCAAUGGGCCGCUGCCGUACAGUGCGUGGCGACGCUCGAUGUGUUACUGUCGCUUUGCGAAUUCGCUAGACAACAGACGAGCGAUAUUUGUUUGCCUGAGCUUACAUUUGGCGAUACUCAGCCCUACAUAAGCAUAGUAGAAGGCCGUCACCCCUGCAUACCAAUUGUGAACGAUUUCAUCCCAAACGAUACAUCCCUUGGGGAGAACGGAGCGAGUUUGUUAUUACUAACGGGACCUAAUAUGGGCGGAAAGUCAACUCUAAUGAGACAAGUUGGACUAUUAACUGUCCUUUCGCAUUUGGGAAGCUACGUCCCAGCCCAGGAAUGUAAGCUCAGUUUAGUGGAUCGCAUCUUCACUCGUUUAGGGGCUUCUGAUGAUAUUUUGUCCGGUCAUUCCACAUUCCUGGUGGAGAUGAAUGAGACGGCGGCCAUUAUUAAACACGCCUCGUUGCAUUCCCUGGUGUUGUUGGAUGAAUUAGGUCGCGGCACAAGUACAUACGACGGUACGGCCAUAGCGAGUGGUGUGUGUGUGGAAUUGGCAGAGCGUGGAUGUAGAGUGUUGUUCUCCACACAUUAUCACACACUCGUCACACACCUUGCGACACACCCUAAUGUGCAACUGGGGCAUAUGGCAUGUAUGGUAGAAACAGAGGAAACGGAAAGAGAUGAUAUCCCAGAAGAAACAAUAACCUUCUUAUACAAACUGAGCCCUGGUGCUUGUCCAAAAUCUUAUGGGUUUAAUGCCGCAAAAUUAGCUGGGAUCCCGCAAGAAAUAACGCGUCGAGCGCGAAAUAUAUCGAAAAAACUCGAAACUGAAGCUAAUCUAAUAAGGGCUUUCAAAGAAAUUAUGAAGGUUGGUCAAGUGUCAAAUAUGAGAACACUUCUCGCUGAGUUGACAAUUUAAUUUUUUUUAUAUCUAGAUUAGGGUAAGAUGUUUUGCGUACUAGCUAUGGUCGAAAAACUCAAGCCUGCCCCGGUCGGCUUUUAGGCGGUCCAAAAAAUCUGCUAAGAUUUUAAUUGUAGCUAUUUUUUUUGAAAAACGAAUAUCAUUUCCGGGUCUAAAAUCUGAAAAAAGAACAAUGUUUUUUAAUGUUUCGCUUGUAGAAAACACUUAAAUGAUUAUUCUAAUGUAGAAUUUUACUGAUUUUUUUUAUAUUUACUCAAUAUUAAUCAUUUCAAGUUAAUAACCAAGUUUGUUAAGCUAGCAUCAUUUACAAUUAAACAAUAUAAAAUGAACAUACGAUGAAACCACUUUUUAUAGAAAAGAAGUAGGAUAUAGUAAAUAUCUUUUGUUAUGGAAAUGUAAUUCUUGAAAUUAAAAUAUAUAUUUUAAGGACUUUCUUUAUGCUUUCAUCCUUAGAGCCAAAAUAAGUUAAACGUUAGAGCUAGAUUCUUUCAUUUUGAGUUCCAAUAUCUUUAUUACUUUGUAACCAAAAUUUUUACAAGAAUUCCUAUAAACCACAUUCGCUGUACCUUCGUCCGAAUAUUGUUUUUAACAAUAUUUACACAAUUUACAAAGUAUUGUUAGGUUAUGAUUUAGAAUAUAAGUUUGUUAUUAUAUUUCUUGAUGUUUUGAUUAGCAUCUGAAUUUGUGCCAUUUUAUUGACACUAAUUUAUAUAAAUGUACAAUUAUUUUUUGCAUUUAAAGAUUUUUGUAAAACUCCAUUUAAAUUGUGAUUUUCAAUGUUACUAUAUAAUUGUGAUUGUUGAG